AGCAAACUUCUCGAGUGCGGAUUUGCUGGGUGAGCGCAUGCCUCCCUCUGCCUGGCUCCUUAUAGUGCCGGGCGGGAGGCAGGAAUUCUCAACGAAUGGUACGGACAUCGCCGCCGGAGACCACAAACACGAAGCUCACCCUUUAAACAAGGUCUCAUGAUCGACAACUCUUUCAAUGAGUUGUCCUGGCGUGGAGGAUCAGGGCGAGCGCACGUCCUCCUGCAGUUAAAGCACAGCGCGUGAGGGACAGUGACAGUGACCGCGGGCUGAACAUCAGCAGAAGAACCACAGCAGCUCACACAGGACAAUCCGACAGAUUUUGACACGUUGAUCAUGCCUCUGCUGUCUGCAUCGUCUCUGUUCAUCUGUCUGUGGCUGGUGGAGCUCUGCAAUGUAGCCAACAGUGUCUUGAGCAGCAGCUUCAGUGAUCUACACACACAGUUUGGUUUCAGCCUCUACCAGACGCUCGCAGAGACGGAGAAUAAGUCCAACCUGAUAGUGUCUCCGGCCAGCGUGUCACUGUGUCUGGGUCUUCUGCAGCUCGGGGCCAGGGGGAACACUCUGGUUCAGCUCGAGGGUACAUUGGGAUAUGAUGUCAAUGAUGCUCGUGUGCAGAACAUUCUGUCUCGGCCGCAGGGAGACCUGGGUAACUCCAGUGAGAGCCUGAGGCUUCAGCUUGCCAAUGCCUUAUUCAUCCAGAGUGGGGUAAAACUCCUGCCAGAAUUUACCCAGCAUGCUUUGGGAUGGGGUAACACUAGUCUACUGAGUGUAAACUUCAGUAAUCCCAACCACACUCACAGUCAGCUACAACAAUGGGCACAUUACCAAAGUAAAGCUGAUGACCAUCUCCAGACAAGAGAGGAGCUUCUUCACUCUAGUGAAGAGGAAGAGGCCACCAGGCAGGACCAUUUACUCUACAUGGCUCUUGUGAGCACACUGGUGUUCCAUGGAGCUUGGCAGAAACAGUUCCUCUUCACUGAGACACAAAACCUGCCCUUUACCUUCUCAGAUGGCAGCACAGUAAAAGUGCCCAUGAUGUACCAGUCAAGCGAAGUCAAUAUCGGUCAUUUCCGGCUGCCCUCAGAGCAGGAGUACACCGUGUUGGAACUGCCGUAUCUGGACCACUCUCUCAGGCUGCUGGUGGCAUUACCCAGUGACCGGAAAACUCCUCUGUCACAGCUGGAAAAGCAGAUCACGGCCCGUGCUGUGGGACUGUGGGAUAGUGGAUUAAGGCGCACUAAAAUGGAUAUAUUUCUGCCCAGGUUUAAGAUGCAGAGCAAGAUCAAUCUGAAGCCUGUUCUACAGUCUCUCGGUGUCUCUGACAUCUUUAAUCCAUCAGCUGCUGAUUUUAGAGGCAUCUCAGAUACAGAUGGGCUUUUCGUAUCAGAGGCUUUCCAUGAGGCAAGAAUAGAGGUGACAGAGGCAGGCACAAAAGCAGCUUCGGCUACAGCAAUGGUGCUACUGAAAAGAUCCCGUUCAGCAGUUUUUAAGGCAGAUCGACCGUUCCUCUUUAUCUUACGGCAAAUCAGCACAGGUUCGUUGCUGUUUAUAGGUCGAGUUCUAAAUCCAGCCGAAAUGCCUUGAUAUGUGCCUCAAUCAACUGCCUCAAAAGAUGAACACACACCUGUACGGACAGAAACCUGUAUGAUUUUGCAAACUCCACAUAGCUCUCCUCCCUCAUAUGGGUGGAGGGUCAGAGGAAUAUCCGAGGACCAUUAGGAGGGUCCACUGACACUUCUGGAAGAGGGACAACACUUUUGUACAUAUCUGUAAAUAAAAUUUUAUUACAUCAGGGUUUUUUGCACUUCAA